GCGCGGUUGACAGAGCUCGAGCGCGAGUAACAGGACUCAGGAGGCGGAUUUUUAGGCACCUGUCUGGUGUUUUCUGUCUUUAAUUUCUCAUGGACGCGUUACUCCACCCUGCCUCCGUAGCAGAGCCAUAGAUGAAUGGAUGGAGCAUGUUUUCGAGAAACCCGUAGGACCCGUCGAAGAUGGCCUGAUGUUAUGGCAAUUUGGAAGAAGGACGUUCACAUUGAGGAGGAACGACAUGUUCGAGCCAACGAUCGCGACUACAAUGAGAGGUUCAGUUAUGCUGACAAUCGCAUCAAGACAGCAAAAUACAACGUUUUCACCUUCCUGCCCAUUAACUUGUUCGAACAGUUUCAACGUUUUGCGAACGCCUACUUCCUAGUACUGCUGAUACUGCAGUUAAUUCCAGAAAUCUCCUCUCUUUCGUGGUUCACCACCAUUGUGCCUUUGGUGUUGGUGUUGGCUAUCACAGCUGUCAAAGAUGCUACUGAUGACUUUUUCCGCCAUAAAAGUGAUCAACAAGUCAACACCCGGCAGUCUCAGGUACUCAUCAAAGGAAAAUUGCAGAAUGAGAAAUGGAUGAAUGUACGAGUGGGUGACAUCAUCAAACUUGAGAACAAUCAGUUUGUUGCUGCUGACCUUCUCCUCCUUUCUAGCAGUGAGCCCUAUGGACUGUGCUAUAUUGAGACUGCAGAGCUUGAUGGAGAGACCAACCUGAAGGUGCGCCAAGCCUUGACUGUGACUUCAGACCUCGGGGACGAUGUUGCGAAGCUUGCAGACUUUAAUGGGGAAGUCAUCUGCGAGCCACCCAACAACAAACUGGACAAGUUCACAGGGACUCUGUACUGGAAAGAUAACAAGUACUCACUGGACAAUGAGAAAAUGCUCCUGAGAGGCUGCGUUCUCCGUAACACCGAGUGGUGUUUCGGCUUGGUUAUCUUCGCAGGACUUCAAACCAAGCUGAUGCAAAACUGUGGGAGGACGAAGUUCAAACGGACCAGCAUCGAUAAACUGAUGAACACCUUAGUUCUGUGGAUCUUUGGAUUUCUCAUCUGUAUGGGGAUCAUAUUGGCUAUAGGAAACACUAUUUGGGAGCAGAAAGUAGGCAGCAACUUUUGGGAGUAUCUUCAGUGGAAGGAGCUUACCAUCAAUGCAGUCUUUUCUGGCUUCCUGACCUUCUGGUCCUACGUUAUCAUCCUUAACACUGUCGUACCCAUCUCACUAUAUGUUAGUGUAGAGGUUUUGCGGCUGGGCCAUAGUUACUUUAUAAACUGGGACAGACGAAUGUACUACAGCCGUAAGGACACUCCUGCCGAGGCACGGACCACCACCCUCAAUGAGGAGCUGGGCCAGGUGGAGUUCAUCUUCUCAGACAAAACAGGCACCCUCACCCAGAACAUCAUGGUGUUUAAUAAGUGCUCCAUCAAUGGAAAGACCUACGGUGAUGUUUAUGACGAGUUUGGGCAUAAAGUGGAUAUUACAGAGAAAACACCAUGUGUAGAUUUCUCCUUCAACCCACUGAUGGACCGGAAAUUCCGUUUCCAUGACAGCAGCUUGGUCGAGGCCAUCAAGCUGGAAGAGCCUCUGGUGCAGGAAUUCUUCCGUCUGUUAGCGCUCUGCCACACCAUCAUGCCAGAAGAGAGAAAUGAGGGGGAGCUGGUGUAUCAGGCACAAUCUCCAGAUGAAGGAGCCCUGGUUACUGCUGCACGCAACUUCGGCUUCGUAUUUCGCUCCAGAACGCCAGAAACCAUCACUUUAUAUGAGAUGGGUCAGGCAGUCACCUAUCAGCUACUGGCCAUUUUAGACUUCAACAAUGUACGGAAGAGAAUGAGCGUUAUUGUGAGGAACCCAAUGGGGCAGUUAAAGCUUUACUCAAAAGGAGCCGACACAAUACUCUUCGACAGGCUGGACCCGUCUAAUGAAGAGCUGAUGUUUACUACCUCAGAGCACCUUAAUGAGUUCGCCGGGGAGGGUUUGAGAACAUUAGCGCUGGCGUACAAAGACCUGGAUGAAGACGUGUUUGACGAAUGGAUAAAGAAACUGCUGUUUGCCAGCACGACCCUGGAGAACAGAGAAGAAAAACUUGGGGCUCUGUAUGAAGAAAUAGAGCAGGACAUGAUGCUGCUUGGUGCUACAGCCAUAGAGGACAAACUUCAGGAAGGAGUUCCAGAGACUAUUGCCUGUCUGACCUUGGCCAACAUCAAGAUCUGGGUGCUCACCGGGGACAAGCUAGAGACGGCAAUGAACAUCGGCUACUCCUGUAACAUGCUCAGAGACGACAUGAACGAGGUGUUUAUAAUCUCAGGUCACACUAUGCUUGAGGUUCAACAGGAGCUCAGGAUGGCUAAAGAGAGAAUCAUGGGACCUGGCAAAGACAAAUUCAGCAGUGGCCUUGACAUGGAAAAGACAGAAUUGUACUCGAGUGACUCUGUCUUUGAAGAGACCAUCAUUGCAGAGUACGCUUUAAUCAUCAACGGACACAGUCUGGCUCAUGCCCUGGAGGCAGACCUGGAGCAGAUCCUGGUGGACGUGGCGUGUCUGUGUAAGACGGUCAUCUGCUGUCGGGUCACUCCGCUGCAGAAAGCUCUGGUGGUUGAGCUCAUAAAGACACACAAGAGAGCUGUCACUCUCGCCAUCGGAGACGGAGCCAAUGACGUCAGUAUGAUCAAUACGGCCCACAUUGGCGUGGGCAUCAGCGGACAGGAGGGGAUGCAGGCGGUGUUGGCCUCUGACUAUUCCUUUGCCCAGUUUCGCUACCUGCAGCGUCUCCUGCUCGUCCACGGCCGCUGGUCCUACCACCGCAUGUGCAACUUCCUCUGCUACUUCUUUUACAAGAACUUCGCCUUCACGCUGGUUCAUUUCUGGUACGGAUUCCUCUGUGGAUUCUCUGCCCAGACGGUAUAUGACCAGUGGUUCAUCACACUCUUCAACAUUGUCUACACCUCACUUCCUGUUCUGGCCAUGGGCGUGUUUGACCAGGAUGUGAAUGAGCAGUACAGUUUACGCUAUCCAAACCUGUACAGACCCGGGCAACUGAAUCAGCUCUUUAACAAGAGGAAGUUCUUCACCUGUACACUGCAGGGGGUCUGUACCUCAUUUAUCCUCUUCUUCAUCCCAUACGGAGCCUUCUUGACCGCUGUGCGGGAUGAUGGCGCCCACAUCUCUGAUCAACAGGCUUUUGCGGUAACGAUAGCAACCUCUUUGGUGAUUGUGGUCAGUGUCCAGAUUGGGCUUGACACCAACUACUGGACCGCUGUUAACCACUUCUUUAUCUGGGGAAGUCUAGCUGUUUACUUUGCAAUCCUUUUUGCAAUGCACAGCGAUGGCAUUUUCACCAUUUUCCCAAACCAGUUUCCUUUCAUAGGUACCGCACGUAACUCUCUGAAUCAGAAGAUUGUGUGGCUUGUCAUACUCCUCACCACAGUUGUGUGUAUAAUGCCCAUGGUGGCUGUCCGGUUCAUCAAGGCUGACCUCUAUCCAACGCACACUGACAAGGUGCGCUUACUUCAGCAGGCCUCUAGGAGGCAGGGUCCUCAAGAGCAGAACCUCAGGAGAGUCCGCAGGACGAGUUCUCGUCGCUCGGCGUAUGCUUUCGCCCACCAGCAGGGAUACGGAGAACUCAUCACCUCUGGCAAGAACAUGAAGGUACCCUCAUCCUCCACUUCCACAUACCCACUAUCCUCGCCCGCAAGAGGCACCAGCUUGGUGAAAAACAGCGGGGUGAGCGGCUCAACCGAUGCGGCAGAGACCAACGGCACUGGAUUUAGGAGGGAAAGUGACCAAAACCAAGAGGUAACGGUGGAAGACUUGGAGGCCAGAUAAAGGAGCAUUUUUCUUCCUUUACAGAAGGAAGAGGAAUUAGCACCUGUCUUUAAUGUGAGAAAAUGAUAAUGGAUUGUGUGCAGACACACUCUGGGCUCACAGAGAUGCCUUGUAGGGCACAACUAGACUAUGGGAGGGCUAGACAUGCACAGGAGACUCCAAAGAGCCAGCACAAUGAAGCACAGAUAACACUCAUUUUCUCAUGCAUCUGCUCCCGUCUCACAAGGCAUCCGUUUGAAUUUGAAAAUGAACUUGAGAUUCAUUUUGAUUUCAUUUUGUAUUUUCAAUUCUUCUGGCACAAAUUCAAGUUCAAUGUUUUUGUAUUUCAAGUUUUUGGAACUUGCUUUUAUGCACUUGCAUGGAAGCUAGUUUCCGCCACAGGAUAAAAAAAAAUAAAAAGGAAACUGUUCUACUUUUUGUGUCACAAUUCAGACUUUUUUCUUUGUAAUUUUGAAUUUAUAUCUCACAAUUCUUCUUUUCUCGCAGUUGUGAGAAAAAAAGUCAGAAUUUAUACAAAUUCAGUUCUUUGAAGAAAAGUUGGAUUUGUGAGAUUAUUUUGCAAUUGCAAGAAAAAAUUACAAAUUGUCAGAUUAAGCCACAGUUACUUUUUUUAUAUUUAAUUUCAUGACAAAAAAAAUCGGAAUAGCAAAAUGUAAACCUAGAAUUCUGAGAAUUCUUUUUCUCGCAGUUUAUAUCUUGGAAUUCUGACUUUUUCCUCAGAAUUCUGAGAAUUCUCGCAAUUGUGAGAAAAAAAGUCAGAAUUGCGAGAUACAAACUCAGUUCUCUGAAGAAACAAAGAAAAAAUUACAAAUUGUCAGAUAAAGCCACAGUUACUUUUUUUAUAUUUAAUUCCAUGACGAAAAACGGAAUAGCGAAAUGUAAACCUAGAAUUCUGUGAAAAAAUACUUUUUUUCUCGCAAUUCUGAAUUUUUCCUCAGAAUUCUGAGCUUAAAUCUCAAAAUUUUGUCGUCUUUUCUCAAAUCGUGAGAAAAAAAGUCUGAAUUGCAAGAUGUUAAGAUACAAACUCUGAAGAAAUUUCUCUGAAGAAAAGUCAGAAAUUGUGAGAUAAAGCAGCAGUUAGAUUUUUAUAUUUAAUUCAAUGACAAAAAAAAAAAAAAACAGAAUUGCAAAAUGUAAACCUAGAAUUCUGAGAAAAAGUCAGAAUUGUGAGAUAUAAACUCAAAAUUAAUUUUGUCAUCCUGGGGAAUAAAACAUCAGAAUUUAGAAUUGUGAGAAAAAGUUGCAUAUACCUGUUUAUUUAUUUAUUUUUUAAUCCCACUGCGGAAAUUGGCUUCCAUAUGUGAAUGAUUCAGGCAUUUGAACACUAAAUUAAACUUGAGUUUACGUUCAACAAAUGACAUUAUUCUAACAAUAUUAAUAAAGCAUAAAGGAGUAAACAUGUACACGUAUGUGAAAUAAUACCUCUUAUGUUGUUAUAAACACUGAUACAGCCAUCUGCAGUGGUUUAGGAUUAUAAAUGAAUUGCAUAUUAAAUAUGGAUACGUUUAAAGACCUGGAAGUUGCAUCACAAAUAUCUAUACUCAGUUUACUAAAAUGCACCCAAAUGCAUCAUGCUACUGGAUGAGUAAUAACACUUAGGAAUGUCUGAUAUCGAUGCCGCAGAGAACGUGCAUUGGCUGUAAAUCUUACGUUGGAGUUGUAAAGCAAGCUGUAGCUUUUUCACCAAUUAAAUGGGUUUUAAAAGGAUUUAAAAUGCCAAAUUUUAUUUUAAAUAUAGCUCUUUUUAAAAAAAAGAAAGUGUAAUAACAUUCCACACUUGUCCAUAAUUCAAACCGUAGUUAGUGCUUUUGCAUGCAGCUCAGCGAACUGAGAAUAUUGAGUUUUUACGCAAAGUUGUGCCUUCCAUCAAGCGAUAGACUGAAGCAUUUACACGUUUAAACUUCUAGAAUUCCACAUGUAUCUAAUACAAAGGUCUAUAAAGUGGGCAUUUCUUUACAGAAGGAAUUUUUGUGCCUUUUUGUUUUCCUUUCAUUUAAGGAAGCACUUUCAGUUCUGUUUGUCGAGUCGAAUGUGUUGCCAUUGUUUUUUUCCUUUGAUUCAGGCUGUUCAUUGCCCUCAUUGACUACAUAAAUGUAGAUCAUAUUUUUUAAAUUUAUUUGACGCAGGGGGUCGUACAACAUUACCUGUUUAUGAAUGUACAGUUGACAUGUUAAUUUAAUGUUAUGUUAAGUAUAUUUAUGAUGAAUGUAUAAGAUUUUCUGCUGUGCUAUUUUGUCAACAAAGACCAUGCAGAUUGUUUAUCGUUUUUAUUUAAAUGCAUGGAUUUUUAUACAAGUCAUUGUAAUUUUUUAUAUGAUAUGCAUUAAAUGGCCAUUGUUUAAUUUAU